CGGGCAGCUGAGCGGCGCGGAGCGUCCUGGGCCUCCCCGUCCCGCCCGGCCGUCGCCGCCGUCCCCGCCACCAUGAACCGCCUCGGCUCCGGACCCGUGGGCAGCGCCGCCGCCGCUGCCGCCGCCGCCGGGCAGUACCGAGUGUGCGGCAAUUGCCGGAAGGUGCCGAGACAGGAGAAGAGAGUACAGGUCUCCCCGCCGUUGACAAGAGGACCAAGUGCCUUUAUACCAGAGAAUGAAGUUAUGCAAGCAAACGGUUUGGAUGAACGUACUAAUCUUCUUGUGGAAGAAUAUUCUACGUCUGGCCGCCUGGACAACAUCACACAGGUCAUGAGUAUCCACACUCAGUACCUGGAGUCUUUCCUCCGCAGCCAGUUCUAUAUGCUGCGCAUGGAUGGGCCCCUUCCUCUGCCCUACAGGCACUACAUUGCUAUCAUGGCUGCUGCCAGACAUCAGUGUUCCUACCUAAUAAAUAUGCACGUUGAUGAGUUUCUGAAGACUGGUGGGAUUGCAGAGUGGUUGAAUGGUUUAGAAUACAUUCCCCAAAGACUGAAAAACCUGAACGAAAUAAACAAACUCCUUGCACACCGGCCCUGGCUGAUCACGAAAGAGCACAUCCAGAAACUUGUCAAGACUGGGGAAAAUAAUUGGUCUCUUCCUGAACUGGUUCAUGCUGUUGUCCUGUUGGCCCAUUAUCAUGCCUUGGCAAGUUUUGUGUUUGGUAGUGGCAUUAAUCCAGAGAGAGAUCCGGAUACAUCCAAUGGAGUCAGACUUAUAGCAGUCAACAACUUCUGUGUCUGUGAUCUUGCCAAUGACAACAACAUAGAAAAUGCAUCCCUCACAAGUAGCAACUUUGGGAUUGCAGAUUCUUUAAGUGAGCUGGAGGCCCUGAUGGAAAGGAUGAAGAGACUACAAGAAGAUAAAGAAGAUGAAGAAGCCUCUCAGGAAGAAAUGGCAACUCGCUUUGAGAAGGAGAAGAAGGAGAGUCUGCUAGUAAUUAGUGGAGCAUUUGAUGAUGAAAUAGUUUCUACAGAUGUCUCCCGUUAUGUUGAAGAUCCUGGGUUUGGGUACAAAGACUUUGCAAGGCGAGGAGAAGACCAUCUGCCAACAUUCAGAGCUCAGGACUAUACUUGGGAAAAUCAUGGCUUUUCCCUUGUAAACAGGCUUUAUUCUGACAUUGGGCAUCUCCUGGAUGAGAAGUUUCGGAUGGUGUAUAACCUCACAUAUAACACUAUGGCAACACAUGAAGAUGUUGAUACAACUACACUAAGAAGAGCUUUAUUUAACUAUGUCCACUGUAUGUAUGGAAUCAGGUAUGAUGACUACGAUUAUGGAGAAGUGAAUCAGCUACUUGAACGCAGCCUGAAGGUUUACAUAAAGACGGUGACCUGCUACCCAGAGAGAACGACCAAGCGCAUGUACGAUAGCUACUGGCGUCAGUUCAAGCACUCGGAGAAGGUUCACGUCAAUCUACUUCUGAUGGAAGCUCGGAUGCAAGCCGAACUUCUGUAUGCCCUUCGUGCCAUAACUCGUCACUUAACCUGAAGCACUCGCUGGCCAGGAGUACAGGGGCUUUUACUGAGUAUGUAAAGACCUUUCGAAAUAGAUACACACCAGAAGCUGUUUGUGAUGUAGCAUCAGGUUAUUCAAUUCUCUAGUGUCAAAGUUUAGCCGUGCUUCUUGGCGGCUGUAAUGUGCAAUGACGUGUUUUAUUUUCUUGAUGCUUAACAUUACUAAUGAUAAGAAAAGUAACACUGAGGAGCGCUACUCUGCAUUGUGCCCGGCUGGAUUUCUGCACGCUGGUCAGGAACCUGGAACUGGUUUUAUUGUAUCCAAUCCUAGCGCUUUGUUCUUUAGGCACUGGAGUGAAGUGCUUAGAGACUUCUUUUUCCAAGCAAUCAUUUUUCAGAUGAGUGGAGUCCAGCAGAAGAUCAGUUCUGCCUGUCCUGAGAACGUCCCACCACGUCAUGACUCGCGGCAGAGACGCGCGGGCUGUGCCGCAUCGAAUUGCCCACUGGAUUCUCCCGUGUGUCCCGGAGACUGCUGCCAGUCACUGUCUUACUACAGCAAUUGGAGGUGAUGCAAGAUGUGGAUGCAAACAUCGAGCACACUUUAAUGUGAAAUUAAUCUUGAUAAAUCCUACAGCAUGCUACUGAAGUGCAAAAUUAAUUCACGCUUUGUCGUGCCCCUUCGCAAGGAGAAGAGGCCUCACGAUUUGCCAUUUCAGCCACACUUACUGUGUUUCAAUCAUGCAUUGUCUUGUUUUACUGACAGUCACCCUCAGUUGUCCUGACAAUAUCCAUGCUCAUCACGUGUUGCAAUUUGUUUAGUUGGCACCGAUAAAAUUAAUACACAGGCUGACCAAAAAUAGGGUUGUGGGGUUUUUUGCACUCUCUUCUUUAUCAAUGUUUUAACUAAGGAAAGUAAAGGAAGGCUAGUAUAUCUAUUCUUUCAUAUUGGAUGUAUAGAAAUUAUUUCCCGUAACUUUUUCAUAGCAUGAAAUUGUAAUAUUCAAAGUUUUGAAAGUUUCUAUGCAUUAGUGUGAGUGAACAAAAGAAAAGUGCAAUAUUUAAAAAGAAAGCAAGCUUUUUUCCCUGAUAUGCCACUGCUAAAGUGUCCUUCUUAUAUAGCCAUAAAGAAAUUUUAAAACCAAAUUUCUUUAUUGUCUAAGGCCUAGCAGUUUUGUUUUAGCUUUUACGGCUUAAGACAACCUGAUACUGAGAUGCCAAAGCAUCCCCAAAACAAAGCAUUUUUGGACAACCAGUAAUAUUGGGGAAGGGAAGAAAUAAGCUGCCAAAAAUGUCACACUUUUGUGCUAUUUUCUGUUGCUUUUGACUAAUUUUUGAGAGCACAAAAUGUUGAUAUUUAUAGCUUUAUUUUGUAUUGCAUUUAAUGAACCAGUGAAGUGCCUAAAGAGAUGCUUAAACUUACCCAGUAGAACACAAGUUAACUGCUUCAAAUUUGUCGGUUGGUUUGGACUUUUCAUAUUUCUUUUGAGGAGGGUGACCUUUAUUUCUGUGCUAUACAUUCAAAACUAACUGGACAGGUUUACUUUUAACGUUCUGUUGGAUUGUAGUAGUUAAUGCAGGACUUUUUUUUUUCAUUGGUGAUUGCAGAAUUGUUAGAAGAAAAUUACUACCAGUCAUAUUUUGACACUUUACAUUUACAAAACCAUGGACCAGUACUCUACUAAAGUUAGUUUUCUCUUUUCUUCCUUUUCCUGAUCCUUGCUUUGACUUUGCAUGUUGUUUUUUCUGCUUUUCUGUCCGUUCCAGAUUGGAAAGCCCAAUGAUUGUACACUUUUCUGCACUUUCAGACUGCAGACUCUGCAUGUGAAAACCUUUUGAAGAAAAAAUCAGUAAUUAUUUUUUUUUUAAGUGUCAUGUUGGCUCUUUAGAAAACUACCCAACAGACAGCACUGGUCUGUCUGCUAGAGAGCAUUGGGUAGAACAUCAGAUUUAUUUAUCUUGUAUAGCUAACUGCAAAGAUUUCUCAGAAAUACUGAGAUGCUCAUAUGUGUGAACUUAGAUUUGCUUUCUAAAUUGUUAUGAUCCUUUUCCCCCCCUCUUGUGAUUGUAGUGGCCAUAAUGGCUUCUGCUGAGAGAAGUUUUCAUGCAAUACUUCUGGUUUUUUUCAAGUGAUGGGAACUGUUCAGUACUACUUUAAAUUUCUUUGCAUUGAAAAGUCAAGUAGUCCUCAAGAAGCACAGUUGAGCUCUGGAAAGGAGGUGAAACUAGAUUUGAAUAACUAUUGUGAUGGCUUUGUUUCCCCUCAGAAAUGCAAAGACUUCUGGAGUAGUUUGAGUUUUACAUUUGGAAACAUGAGUGCCUUUACUUCUUUCCUUAUGAAAUAUACUUGCCAGCUCAAAUGCCUUCAUGAGCAAAGUGCAUGAGCAGAUUUGAAAUACAGAAACCAUAAAUGGAUUGCUUCAUAAAACUUGUCGUAAACCAGUGUUUUGGUUUGGUUUUUUAAGUGCCAUAUCAAGUCCCAUAUGGCCUGCAAGACAUUCCAUCACAGGAAAUGUCAUUGUACGACUAGUUUGCUGUUUCUCUCUUUUUUUUUUCUUUAAUAUUUCAUGCAAACUUGAAACAUCUGGAAAUGUUUUCCACGUGGCAUUUUUUUUUUUCAAAGAAUUGCAUUUACAGUGCAACAAUUUAUAACCUAGUUUUUAUACACAAAUUUGGGAUUUUUAAUAGAUGUUUGCUCAGAAUAGGUGUUUAAAGUCAGACAAUGCUACCAUACACUUUAUGCAUGCUUUAGGUUCCCACUGUGCCAGCUUUUCAUGUUCAAGUGUUCUUGGAAAUUUUUUUUGCAUUUUUGAAGCAUGCAUGAAUGUGAAUCUUCACACUUUGUUCAUUAAUAUUUUUCUUAAGGGUACCAUAAUGAUUGGAAGUGUAGAUCCUCUCCCUCUGUGUUCCUUCAUUGGAAUUGGUAAUUACCAGCAUUCAUGUUAGUCCACAAAAUCCCAGCUGUGACCAACAUAAAAACAAAGUGUACAGUCUCCUGUCUGCUGAAGAGAAAGCCUGAUAGGUACAAAUUAACCAGCUAGCACAGGGAACACUGUGAGUAGGGAACAGGGCUUCUGAGCAUGAACAGCUUCUUAUCAUUGCAGAGUCACUUAAAAUGUGCGUUGCUGUAGAGUAUGUCCUUGCUCUAUUUUUUUUUGGUAAUGAAGAGAAGUGAAAAACGUGCCAACUGGAGAAAGCAUUUGCAUUUCCCAGAACACUCUACCCACAGCUGAAUUUCAUGAGAGUAUCAUUAUACGAGAACAGAAAUAAUUGUUAAAACAGAAAUAAUAAUUUGGGGUGCAGUUUGUGCAGAUAGCUACUACAGCUAGUGCUGUGGUGCCUGCCCCUCCUCUUCCCUCUCCAGGAAGUUGUAACUGCACUGGGGGUCUCCCCUCAGUCUCCUCCAGGCUGAACAAACCAAAUGACCUCAGCCACUCCUCAUAUGGCUUCUCCUCAGGGCCCCUCACCAUCCUUGUGGCCCUUCUUUGGAUGCUCCCUAGUAGUUUCAUAUCUUGCAUAUUGGGGCACCCCAAGCAGCACACAGGACUCAAGGUGAGGCUGCCCCAGUGCAGAGCAGAGCGGGACAAUCCCCUCCCUUGCCCAGCACCUUGAUCCUUGAAAAGGAUUUACUUCAGCUGUAAGAGUUAAAGAAUUGCCACUAUCACCUCUUCCUAUGUAUUAAAUAAAGUUUUAAGGACAGGAAAAUCAGUGCUUGUAAACAAUUGCAGAUGUAAGUAUAAAUUUAGAACAGAUCAGAAGAGAACAAAAAGGAAAAUAUUUUGUUGCUCUGUUACUUGAGUGCAGAAAGUCAAAGCGCCAGAUUAUUCAAUUGUGUUUUUGUUUGUAGUGCUACUGAUAUUUUCAUGGGAUUUGAAAACCCAGCUGGCUGCCUGAAUUUCAAUGGGGAUUUAAGCACCCAGGCACUCAGCAAAAUCCUAGAAGAUGCCCACUUGAAUGUUUGAGUCAGAUUUUUAAAGAAACUGAAUCACCUAAAUGAAAUAGAAUAAAAUUAAUUUCCAGAGACUAAAGGAAUAAUAUGUACCGGAUCCAUGUGAUUCACAGUGAUUGUUAAUGAAAUGACUUGUUUUGGGGACUUAAUGUAGACUUAGAGAGAUCCCUCCUAAAGCAGUUAAACUGUAAGCCACUGCUCUUGCAGAACAGGUUCUCAAUGUUUCUCAUGUAUGUGUGUUUUCCAUGAACAUAGGCAUGCAUUUCAGGCUCAUGACCCAGAAUUUGGACUCCCUUUCAGAAGAGCUGGGUUGUUUAAGCUCUACUUGCAGGAAACAUUCAUUGGUGGUAGUAAGUGGAAAGAAUGUGCCUGAACUAAAAAUUUUUGGAUCAAAAGAAAUACCCCAAAUAUUGAUCUCAAGUGAUGUCCUUUCAGUUACUUUCUAUAAAUGUUUGGAUCCUUCUCCCAUAAAUAAGGGGUGGUGUUGCACAAAACAAAGGAAGAGGGAGUGGAUUUGUUGUAAAUGAACUUUGCCAGAGCAGAUCUGACUAUACAGCUGUAAGAUUUAGUUGCUGUUAGCAGUCAUUCCAAGAGCUGGACAAAAUGUCAGUUUUCAUUACCUGAACUUCAGGUUUACUGUUCCUCAUGUCCCCCAGCACUAUGUUUGUCUGAAAAGAUGCAUCCACCAGCUUUCCUAUAUUUGGGAAUUGUAAGUGAAACAUUUUAUCUCCAAAUGAAAAUUAAUACAGUAUUUCAUACCUAUUGCAUAGAUUACAGGUGUGAGAGAUGAAGAGAGCACAGUAGUAUGAGGAAACUUCAGGAGCAUCUUGAUCAGUGUUAAUUUAUUCCUUAGAGCACAUUUCCUGGCAGGUGGUCAUGCUGCUGCUCCCCCAGUCUGCAUCAGGUCUCUCUUGCAGAUAUUUAAUCCUUUGCUGCUCAUCAGGGGAAAAAUUGUCAUUUUCCAGCCUGCCACCACCCCUGUCCUGCAUCAAGUGCUUCCUGUCUUCCCAGUUCCCAACCCCAAGCAGCCUCCCAGCUGCUGGGACAACCUCCCAGCCUUAACCUUGAAAACAAGGUUCCUCUGUCACUGCCUGUUGGUAAGGGCAGAGGCUCUUUCUCACAUUUAGAAUUGCCGUAGUAGAUUAUUUCUGGACAGGAAAACGCUAAAUGUGCUUCAAAAGGAUGAAACUCAGUAUUUGCUUAGUAGUGUGUCAAAGAGUUACAGAGUCAAAGAGUGUGUCUGGAGUUAUAGUAAAAAUGCAGUGGAUUCACUAAGGAAAUUUUCUUUGGUGAAACACCCCAUGCUUGAGCUAUCAGCUGUGCAGGUUCUCAGAGGGACAUCUAAGAGGGAAUUUGAGGUCCCCUUCUGCCAGGCAGGCUUACAGGGCCACCUGGCUGGCAGUCCCUUGGGUGCUUUGCAGCCAGGCAGACUGCAUCCAGCCUCUGGAACAAGUGGAUUUGGGUUUUUCAUUUAUCUGUGGGAAAAAAUCCAAAUGCACGUUGUGAAGCAGCUGCUGGAGACAGAGUUGGGUGUUCCUAGGGUAUUGAGUACCAUCAGGGCUUGUGGAAAAUAGAAACCUUGUUCCUGACAGUAGUUAGAGGUACUGGAGGUGCCAGUUGUUAGAGUAACUGUGGGGAGCCAGGCAGUCUGUCGGCAUCAGGAGGCACAGGCGCUCCAAGGGGACACGGCCGGCGCAGGAGGAGUUGAGGUAUUGGUCAGCUGAAGAAACUUCCCUGAUGUGUCUGAGAGGUUAUUUUGUGUGCCUGUGCAUAGGGGAGGUGGUGGAGGAUGCCUCCUUCCACGGUGUCCAGAGGGCUUCUUUGGGAACAGAGCUGGGACCCUUUCCUUACUCCAGAGAUGGAGUAGGGGAAGGGAACCACUCUGCCCAAGAAAAACUUGCUGCUGUUGAAUUGCAUUUUCUCAUCCCCAUCAGCCCUUUGAAGGGAGUUUUGAGUCAAAAUGGGUCAAUCACUAAGCAUUGUGUCUCCAGCUGCGGAGUCUGGGGGGCAGCAACAGCAGCAGCUCCAAACACCAACAGUCCAAAGCUGUGUCUCAUUCCUCACUCCAUGCUCAUGUCGUGCCACCAGACCCAAACCUCUUCCCUCCAGCCCAGCUGCCACGUGCCCAGGUGGCUGCAGGAGCAGCCCGCUCAUGGUGGUGGGUGCUGUGGCCACUUUUAGGGGGAAAAUAAUAAUAUGUAGGCUACAACCCUUGGACUCUGCUAGGCAGUGCAGUCAGAGGUCUUUUCACGACUGUGACCAGAACUGGAUAUGAACUGUAGCUUAAAAAAAUAGGAAUUUUGCAAACUUGAAAUCUCUCGAUUUUACCCUUUUCUCCUUUUGCUGGAAAGCCACACGAUGAAUGUAUAUGCUUUACCUUCUAUCCGACAUAACUGAAAAUCAGACUGCCAACUCCUUGUUUUGUAUUAGCCUUUUUUUUUAAAAAAAAAAAAGGAAAGUUUGUGAGCAAUAUAUGUAGCAUGCUGUGAACGUCUGUUUUGAUCUUUAUAGUUACUCUUUAAUCCAUCAGUAUUAACACCAGUUCUUUUUUGUGUUCCCCUUGGUACUUUGUACGCAGUGUAAGCAGAAGCUGUGAUCGGCUUUGCAGUCCUGUGCCAUGUUACUGUAACUCCCUGAUUUUUUAGGAAGCACCUGACUGUGGGCCACCCUGGGGCAGGUAGCGUGCCCGUACACGACUGCCACUUUUCGGUCUCUUGUACUAUGUAUAGUUCUAAGUAGAAUAAGCUUUUUAACAGAAUAUUGAUGCGGUUAUUGAUGAGUCACGCAGGCUGCAAGUGUCUGGUGUGUGAGAGUCUUUGUAUUUAUAGUUGUUGGGGUUUGGUUUUUUUGUUUUGUUGUUUUGUUUCGUUUUUUUUUUAAAUUCAUAAAGUAGCAAACUUGAUAAACAUAGCCACUUUAAACUGCUCUUGCUAAACAGACCCUGCUGUAGAUAAGAUACCACUGUAGAUACAGGGAGAAGCACCAGCCGACCUCUCUCGACUGUGGGGAGCCAAGCCCCUCUCUGCACAAAGCACGGUCCGAGCCACACGGCCACCCUGCCUGUGACCCAAACACGGCCAAGGUUGGGGCCUGGCAUCUGUUUCAGCCCCCUGUGCCCCUAAGCCUGCUGCAGGCUGCCUCCCACACUCUGCUCACCAGUGCACGGGGCAAGCACGAGCUCGCUGGCAUGAGAGGGAUGGACAGACCAGCUGCUGGACCACGAACAUGGUCAUGGCAUUUGUGCAGCCAAAAAGAUUCCAGGCCUCUCUCGAGUGCAAAAAUUAGCCCCUGAUUUGCUGACUGCAGAGCCUGGCACAUGGGGGUAAGAAGCAGCACUGGCUCCCUGUUGGCAGCCGUGGGUCUGAGCCCCCUUGGCUGGGGCAGCAGGCAGGGCAGCGCUGUGCCCAGAGAGGGGUGUUCCACUGCAUCUCCCACCUCUGACCCUCUGGACAGGGGGUGAAUUGUACCCAGCCCAGCAGCUGUCAGCUCCUGCCUCCUUGUGCUGCGGCCAUGCGGGCGUUUUGGGACGGAGGGUUAAGGACAGAGCUCUGAUACUGCAGCUCCCUGCCACCCCCAGGAAGUGAGGAAGUGUGGUAGCUCUGUGGGUCCCACAGUCCCUGCAGCAUCCUGUGGGCAGGUGGCACAUCUCCUGUCCUGCCUCCCAGGUCACCACCUGUCCUGAGCCCCAGGGAUAGGCCACGGGAUCCAUGCUCUCAUGGGAGAUUUGCCUGCAAGGUGAGGCAGCUGCUAGGAGCUCACUGUGGGUUCCCACAGCAGCUUUUGUCAUUUCUUUCCUGUUGUUGCUGGUUGGGUUUGUUGUUUUUUUUCUUUUUUUUUUUUGAAAGGACAGACUGACCUAGUGGGAUGGAAUUUUUUGUGUGUGACUUUGUUAGUUUUUAAGUUACCCGACUUGAAUUUAUCUGAACAGAUGCAGAAGGAACUUUCUUUUUUUGUGAGUUAAGAGACAAAAUUGCAUUUUUAAACAAAGGAAUCAUGUAUUAACAUUUUAACAGCAAUUCAUAAAUCUGCACUUUUUAUGAGGUUUUGAAAAAUCUAUUUAUAGGUACGGAACAAUGGGGUUUGUUUAAAACUGUAUCGCAUUUAUACUUGCUGAAAUUACUUUCAUUGUUAUCAGUAGGAAUUUCAUUGGUUAAAUAAAAUGGAUAAAACCUGA